GUGUGCUCCUCCAUGUUUGUGUGGCGCAAAUCCUUCUUACACAUGGACCCAUGGAAUGAAACUCUUGCAGUUCAGUCUGAGGAACAGAGAUGGUGCAGUGUGAUUCAGGCAAGCUGGGAGCUCUGGCUGUCCUGCUUUGGAAGCUGAAAGCAGAAGGGAGAGCAGGUGCUGAUUUUGACACAGAUGAUUGCAGUGUUUAACAUCCUGGAGCUUUUCCUGAAUUUCCGUUUCCUCACGUGAGUGAGAGUUAGUGAGAGUGGUGCUCACAGCUGGCAUUAUCUGGUGUCAGUCACACAGGUGUGAUUACUGUUGUCUUCUAUGACUGAUUUAGAUCUGCUGAUGGAUGCAAAGAGUAAGGAGUGGUGUGACAAAAUUGCAAGAGGCAGAGAUAAUCACACAUACAGGCUUGUAAGUGGUAAUUCUGUUGAAGAGAGUCUGUUGAAAAAGAGUAUUAAACAUAGGAUUCAAGAACUGGCUGCUCAGGGAGGGGAUUGUUCAACAGACCUUUUAUCUCAGCGUAUACUAUAAAACCUUAGAUCAGUGAGAAUGCACCAUGGCAAUGGUCCUCAGAAUGCCCAGCGCCAGCUCCAGAGAUCCAGGUCCUUCACAGGCAGUGAGGGAGAAGAACAACAGGCAAAUUUGCCCCAGUCUCCCGCAGCCUCUUUUGCGCCUUCUGCAAGCCCCUCAGCGCCGCAGUCGCCCAGUUACCAAAUCCAGCAGUUUAUCAUGAGCCGGAGCCCGGUGGCGGGGCAGAAUGUGAACAUCACCCUGCAGAACGUGGGCCCGGUGGCCUCGGGGAACCAGCAGAUAACUCUCACCCCGCUGCCGCUUCCAAACCCGACGUCCCCGAGCUUUCAGUUCAGCCCUCAGCAGAGGCGCUUUGAGCAUGGAUCCCCCUCGUACAUCCAGGUCACCUCUCCGCUGCCGCAGCAAGUGCAGUCGCAGAGCCCCACGCAGCCUAACCCGGUGCCGGUGCAGGCGCUGCCCAACGUCCGGGCAGGCACUCCCGGGCCUGGCCUGGGCAUGUGCAGCCAGAGCCCAACAAGGGGCUUUGUGGAUGCCAGCGUGCUCGUGAGACAGAUCAGCCUGAGUCCUUCCAACGGCGGACACUUUGUGUACCAAGAAGGGCCGGGAAUUGCACAAAUUGCUCAAGGAGCUGCUGCACAGGUGCAGCUUCCAUCGUCUGGGACGCCUGCCACGGUGAGGGAGCGCAGGCUUUCACAGCCUCACUCGCAGUCUGGGGGCACCAUCCACCACCUCGGGCCUCAGAGCCCUGUGGCCAGCGGGGCAAAUAUGCAAUCCUUGACUAGCCCGGGCCACAUCACAACGACCAGCUUGCCACCCCAAAUCAGCAAUAUUAUCCAGGGGCAACUUAUGCAACAGCAGCAGCAAGUGCUUCAAGGGCAACAGCUGAGUAGACCCAUUGGAUUUGACAGGACUUCUGGUGGAUUGAUAGCAGGAGUUGGAGGACCAAGUGCGUUUGGAAUGACGUCACCUCCUCCUCCCACAAGUCCUUCACGGGCCACUGUGCCACAGGGGCUGUCGAGUCUUCCUCUCACUCCUACAGCUAACACAACAGUGAAAAAACAACCCAAAAAGUUGGAGGAGAUUCCUCCUGCAAACCAAGAAACUGCUCAAAUGAGAAAACUGUGUUUGGAUCAUCACCACAAGCAGAUGGAAAUUCUUAAGGAAACUUUUAAGGAAUGUUUGAUUGAACUGUUCUUCCUGCAACAUCUUCAAGGGAAUAUGAUGGACUUCUUAGCUUUUAAGAAGAAACAUUGUGUUCCUCUGCAAGCAUACCUGAGGCAAAAUGACUUGGAUCUGGAGGAGGAAGAAGAGGAAGAACAAUCUGAGGUCAUCAAUGAUGAGCAAACGCAUACAGGGACUGCAGCGACGGGGACUGUGAGCACCAUAGAGAUUGAAGCUUUUAAGAGACAGCAGCAGGCCCUUGCACCAGCAGAUUCGUCUAAGAGACCACGAAUUGAAGUGGGCCGUCAUGGGAUGGUUUUUCAGCACCCGGGUGUGGCUUCAGGAGUUCCUCUUCAACAGCUAAUGCCAACAGCACAAGGUGGGAUGCCUCCCACUCCCCAGACGGUGCAGCUGACGGGGCAGAAGCAGAGCCAGCAGCAGUACGACCCCUCCAAGGGCCCUCCGGUGCAGAACGCGGCCAGCCUGCACACGCCACCGCCGCAGCUGCCGGCGCGCCUGCAGCCCGCCAACGUCCCCAUGGCAUCACUCCCGGCCACCCUGCAGCUCCCGCAGCAGCAGCCUCAGCUCGUGGAACCUCCAGCCCAGCCACAGAUCCAGGUGAAGAUCCAGCCCCAGAGCGUGCCCCUGACGGCCGCUCCGCUUCCAGCGCCGCUGCAGCAGCAGGUGCCACCAGCAAUCCACGUGCAAGGACAGACGCCCAACCAAGUGUCGCAGCCGCAAGCUGCGAUACAGCAACAGACUGUGACUCUGACACGACCAUCUGCAGAUCCUACUCAGAGCUCUCAGCGUCUUGCAGCAAAUCCACUGCCACCUACCUCAUCCAUCGCUCCAGCAGCGAUCCCAGGCACAACACCGCCUUCUCCAUACCCAGUGCAAACAAACAGGACCUCUCCAGCAACCAACAAGUCCCUGUCUCCUAUUGCAUCCAAGCCUCCUGGCUUAGCAGUAGCAGCAGCAGCAGCAGCAGCAGCACCCAAAACACAAAGUCCAGCUCAGAAUGCAGCAGUGUUGCCGCAGGAAAACACUCAAGACAAACUGGCUGAGCAAGUCAAGCUGGAAAAUCAAAUCCAUCAGCGGAUAGCAGAACUGAGAAAGGAAGGUUUAUGGUCCCCCAGGCGACUGCCUAAACUCCAAGAGGCUCCAAGACCAAAAUCCCACUGGGAUUAUUUGCUGGAAGAAAUGCAGUGGAUGGCAACUGAUUUUGCGCAGGAGAGAAAGUGGAAGAUGGCAACUGCUAAGAAGAUGGUAAGAACUGUGGCUCGUUACCAUGAAGAAAAGAAACUUAAUGAAGAGCGAGCUAAAAGGGAAGAACAGAACAAACUGAGGAGAAUUGCAGCAUCCAUUGCUAGAGAAAUAGAGUAUUUCUGGUCUAACAUUGAGCAGGUUGUUGAAAUUAAACUGCAAAUUGAAUUUCAAGAGAAAAGGAAAAAGGCUUUGAAUUUAAAAAGAUUUUCAAGGAAAGGCAAGGAUGCAAAAGAGGACCUUUAUUUAGAAAAAGAAAGUGAAAUGGGGUGUUCAUCAUCUGGAAGGAAAAGAAAGGCAAGCACAUCUUUGACUGAUGAGGAAGUUGAAGAUGAAGAAGAAACAAUUGAAGAACAAGAAGCUAAAGAAGGAAACAUAAACCAUCAAACUGAAUUGUCUAAUCUGGCCAAAGAAGCUGAAUUGCCUCUGGAAGAUUUGGUAAAGAUGUAUGAAGGUGCCUUUGCAGAAAAUUUUCACUGGCCGCAGCCGAAGCCUGACAGUGAAGAGGAGAGCAGUGAGGAAGAAAUGGAAGACCACAUGUCUGAUAGGGAAAGUCCCCAGAAAGAAGUUGUCCUCAUAGACUCCCUUCUCAGCAUUGACCAGUACAAGGGCCUGGACAGAUCGAGUCCUCCCAAGAAGAACAUGCGAGACAUAGCAGAAGUUGCUGCUGCAGCAGAGAUGUUGUUACCUAAAGGCAGCUCCAGGAUAACAACAGCAGUAAAAUACAACACUCCGUCACUGUUGUAUGGGUCUCUCAGAGAAUAUCAGAAGAUUGGGCUGGAUUGGCUGGCAAAGCUGUACAGGAAGAAUCUCAAUGGCAUCCUGGCAGAUGAGGCAGGGCUUGGGAAAACAGUGCAAAUUAUUGCCUUUUUUGCCCAUUUGGCUUGUAAUGAAGGGAACUGGGGCCCUCACCUUGUAGUUGUCCGGAGCUGUAACAUACUGAAAUGGGAGCUGGAAUUGAAACGCUGGUGCCCGGGCUUGAAAAUACUUCUCUACUUUGGGAGCCAAAGAGAACUUAGGGCAAAAAGACAGGAAUGGAUGGAACCCAACAGCUUCAAUGUGUGCAUCACUUCCUACAAGCAGUUGUUCAAAGGCCACACAGCAUUCAUGAAAAUGCGAUGGAAAUACUUAAUAGUAGAUGAGAUGCAGCAAAUAAAGAAUAUGACUGAGAAACACUGGGAGGCACUUUUCAGUCUCCGCAGCCAGCAUCGUUUGCUUCUGAUAGACACUCCUUUGCAUAACACAUUGAUGGAGCUGUGGACCAUGGUUCAUUUUUUGAUUCCGGGAAUUUCCAGACCUUACCUGGAUUUUCCAGUAAAAGCACCUAAUGAAGAGAACCAGGAUUAUUGCCAUAAACUGGUCAUCAGGUUGCACAGAAUGAUUCAGCCAUUUAUUUUGCGGAGAUCAAAGAGGGAUGUUGAGAAGCAGCUCACAAAGAAAUAUGAACACGUGCUCAAGUGCCGUCUGUCUAGUCGACAAAAAGCCAUGUAUGAGGAUGUCAUAUUACAACCAGGAACCCAGGAAGCCCUCAAAAGUGGGCACUUCAUCAGUGUCCUGCACGUCCUGAUGCAGCUGCAGCGGAUUUGUAACCACCCUGAUCUGAUAAACCCCCGGCUUUCAAGCUCCUCUUAUGUAUCACAAACACUGGAAUACAGAACAGCCUCUCUGGUGCUGCGAGCCCUGGAAAGGGAUAUUUGGAAGGAAUCGGACUUGUCUCUUUUUGAUCUCAUUGGAAUGGAAGACAAAAUGACUCAUUAUGAAGCACAAAUGUUGCCAAAACAAAAAGUCACUAGAAAGCUGAUUGAAGAAAUCUACAGCUCCCCUCCACCACCGGCAAGACCCAACCCAGUGAAGCUCAAACCAAGCAGGUUGUUCCAGCCCGUUCAGUAUGGUCAGAAGCCCGAGGGCAGGACUGUAGUUUUCCCAAGCACUCAAGUCCAACGCACGGUGACCACGGCGACGGUGACACAGCAGGGACAAGUGCGAGGCAGAUCCCCCAUAGCUACGGUGUCUUCAAAUCAAGCUGCAGCAACACAGUUUCAGACAACUCAGUCUUCCACCAGUGCUCCAAGACACCAGCCCGCAGCGACCUUCACCACAGCAACUAGCGCAGCCAACCCUGUGAAACCGCGGGGCCAGACCUCUGCGCCGGCCCCGCAGCCGGGCCAGCCCCAGCCACAGCCACAGGUCCCCCCGCACACCAUCCAACAGAGUGUGCUGCCUCAGAGGCUCGUACUGACCUCUCAGGCCCAGGCACGGUUGCCUAGUGGUGAGGUAGUAAAAAUAGCUCAGCUGGCUUCUAUAGCAGGAGCACAAGGCAGGAUCGCUCAGCCAGAGACCCCAGUGACUCUGCAGUUCCAAGGGAACAAGUUCACUUUGUCACACAGUCAACUCCGCCAGCUCACUGCAGGGCAGCCCCUACAGCUACAAGGAAGUGUCCUUCAGAUUGUGUCAGCCCCUGGGCAGCAGUACCUGAGGCCUCAGGGCCCCGUGGUCAUGCAGACGGUUUCCCAAGCGGGAGCUGUGCAGAACGCCCUGAACGCUUUGGGAAACCAGCACCAGGCAGGUGUCCCAACUUCCACUGCAGUCACACAGCAAGUUUGUAUUCCAGGUAGAGCUACAGUUACUAACUUGCCAUCUGGUGACAUGGGAGCAGUGUUAAAACCAGCACCUUUGCAUGGACAGUCACAGACGUAUGAGGAGAAGAACCGGCUCUUGAAGGAGCGCCUGGACAGGAUCUUCUCCGGUAACGAGCGCCGCUGCCUGCGGGCCCCGAUGUACGGCCGGGAUGUGCUGAAUGUUUGCUGCCUGGCUGGGGACAGAAAGGCCUCCCAGCUGCCUUCCAGUGAGGGCAACAGCUGGAGGUGGGCUGGCUUUGUCAACUGCUGCCUUUCCUCAAGUGCCUCCGGAGGCCCAAGUAACCCCUUGCGGGAAAUGAUCCUGGGUUUGGUUCAGCAACAGGAAUCUCUAAAGGAUCUUGUUAACAGGGCUCUCUUCGUGUUGCCCACUGCAGUUGCUGCUCCCCCAUGUUUCUAUGUAGCAAAUCCUCCCCCUUCAUACAGUCACAGACUGAAACUCCUUAAGCACAGCCUGAGGCAGAAGGCAGCUCCACACUUGCAUCAGUUGCAACAGCUGACAACUCCUCACUUGCUGCAGUUCCCUGACCUCCGGCUGGUGCAGUAUGACUCAGGAAAAUUAGAAGCUCUUGCUGUCUUGCUUCAGAAGUUGAAAUCUGAAGGGCGCCGUGUACUGAUUUUGUCACAGAUGAUUCUGAUGCUGGACAUACUGGAGUUGUUCCUGAAUUUCCAUUUCCUCACCUUUGUGAGGAUUGAUGAAUAUGCCAACCAGGAACAACGGCAGGAGCUGAUGAAAAUUUUCAACAGAGACAAGCGCAUUUUCUGUGCCAUCCUCUCCUCUCACAGCCGUUCCACGGGAGUCAAUCUUGUCGAGGCAGACACUGUUGUGUUCUAUGACAAUGAUCUGAAUCCAGUGAUGGAUGCAAAAGCUCAGGAAUGGUGUGACAGAAUUGGGAGAUGUAAAGAUAUCCAUAUAUACAGGCUUGUCAGGGGUAAUUCUGUAGAAGAGAAACUCUUGAAAAAUGGCACAAAGGACUUGAUCAGAGAAGUAGCUGCUCAGGGAAAUGACUAUUCAAUGGCCUUUUUAACCCAGCAAACAAUUCAGGAAUUGUUUGAGGUUCAUUCUCCUAUGGAGGAUUCUGGAUUUAGAGUGAAAGCAGAAGAAUUUGUAGUACUUUCUCAAGAGCCAUCUCCAGCAGAAAAUAUUUCACCUAAAGUUGCAAGACCAUUCAUAGAGGCCCUCAAUAGCAUUGAACGAGAGGAUGAAGAGUCAAAUGAUCACAUACAAGAAACGGGAUCUGAGUCUAGCAUUGAACCUUUAAUCUCAGAGCUCUGCGAGUCAAAAUACAAUGAAGAGCCCUCACAGCUGCAGGAGUUAGUUGCUGUUGUGGAUCAGCUGACUCCAAUUGAGAAAUAUGCUUUGAAUUACCUGGAGCUCUUCCACGGUUCAGUUGAUGACAAUGAGCCACGGUUGAGUGAGGUGGAACUGAAAACUGCAAAGAAAGCCUGGGAAGUCCAGCACAUGAAGAAGUUAAAGGAAAGAGAGCAAAAAAUGCUUUGGGAGGAUGAAGAGGAACUUCUAACCUACACUCGAGAGGAUGCGUACAACAAAGAAUAUGUUUAUGAAGGUCCAGAUGGACAAACUGAAAUUAUGCCACUCUGGACUCCUCCUACUCCACCUCAGGAUGACAAUGAUAUCUACAUAGAUUCUGUUAUGUGCCUGAUGUAUGAUACCACCCCUAUUCCAGAAUCAAAAUUGCCUCCAGUGUAUGUCAGGAAGGAGCGUAAACGACACAAAACAGAUCCCUCUGCAGGUAGAAAGAAGAAGCAACGUCAUGGGGAGACAGUUAUCCCACCUCGUUCACUCUUUGAUCGAGCAACUCCAGGAAUGCUGAAAAUGCGACGAGAGGGCAAAGAGCAAAAGAAAAACAUCUUGUUGAAGCAACAGACACAGUUUGCAAAGCCUUUGCCAACUCUUGUCAAACCAGCUACUGAGGCUGGACAGGAUAAUCCAGAGUGGUUGAUCAGCGAAGACUGGGCACUUCUGCAGGCAGUGAAGCAGCUGCUGGAGCUUCCUUUAAACCUUGCUGUUGUGUCACCAGCACACACUCCCAACUGGGACCUGGUCAGUGAUGUUGUUAACUCCUGCAGCAGAGUCUAUCGCUCGCCCAAGCAGUGCCGCAGCCGAUACGAGAAUGUCAUAAUCCCACGGGAGGAAGGAAAGCUAAUGUACGAAGCUAAUCCUAAAAAGAAGACAAAAAGUAUUUAUAAGACUAAAAACAGUCGCCCACUUCGUACCAAUCAGAUCUAUGCUCAAGAUGAGGGUGCAACCCACACACAGCUUUAUACUAAUCAUUUUGAGAUGAUGAAAAUGAUUGCAGGGAAAAGAAGUCCACCUAUCAAACCUCUACUUGGCAUGAAUCCUUUCCAGAAGAAUCCAAAGCAUGCAUCAGUGCUUGCAGAAAGUGGAAUCAACUAUGAUAAGCCCCUCCCUCCGAUCCAAGUCGCAUCCCUCCGAGCAGAGCGCAUUGCCAAAGAGAAAAAGGCGCUGGCGGAGCAGCAGAGGGCCCAGCAGCAGACGGGCCCCCAGCCCCAGCAGCCCCAGGCGGGCCAGCAGCCCCCCCAGCAGCCCCCCGUGCAGCAGGCCCAGGCCCAGCCACAGCCACAGCCACAGGCACAGGUAGUUCAGCAGCCACAGGCAGUGGUGCAGACUGCAGUCACUACUGUGGCCAACACAGCAGUAUUGGCAGGCACCAUCAAAACAGCAGUGACGGGGACGAGCAUCCAGACUGCUACAGUGAGUGGAAAUGUGAUCGUGAACACUGUUGCUGGGGUCCCUGCUGCUACCUUCCAGCCCAUCAAUAAGCGUCUGGCCUCACCUGUUAUACCUGGGACGCUGACUACCUCGGGAGGCACCGCCACUGCCCAGGUGGUUCACAGCCAGCCCCGAGCGGCCGCGGCGCCGGCGGCGUCCAGCGAGCUGGUGACCAUCGCCUCCACCCAGGGCGUGCGUGCUGUGACCUCAGUGACAGCUUCAGCUGUGGUCACCACCAACCUCACGCCUGUGCAGACCCAGACAAGGUCUCUGGUGACCCAGGUUACACCAGCUACACCAACUGUCCAGCUGUCAGGCAAAACCAUCACCCCUGCUCACUUCCAGCUUCUGAGGCAACAGCAGCAGCAGGCUGCUCAAGUGCAAGUCCCACAGAUCCAGGCUCAGGCGCAAGCCCAGUCUCCAGCUCAAAUAAAAACUGUAGGAAAAUUGUCACAGGAGCAGCUGAUCAAGUUGCAGAAGCAGAAGCUGCAGCUCCCGCAGCAGCAGGCAGCACAGCAGACACAGCAAGGGGCACAGCAGCAAACAGCACAAGUGCAAGUGCAGCAGCAGCAGCAAACUCAGCAGCUCACUGCUGUGACAGCCCCUCGUCCUGGCGCAGUGCUCACGGGCACUACGGUCACCAACCUGCAAGUGGCACGCCUGACUCGUGUUCCUGCUUCCCAGCUCCAAGCACAAGGACAGAUCCAGGCCCAGACUCCACAGGCAGCACAGGUUGCUCUGGCCAAGCCUCCAGUGGUGUCUGUUCCAGCUGCUGUUGUGUCAUCUGCAGGAGUCACCACACUCCCUGUGACUGUUGCAGGCAUUAGUGUUGCCAUUGGGCAGCCACAGAAAGCAGCAGGAGGCCAGACAGUAGUUGCACAGCCACUGCAUGUCCAGCAGCUGCUAAAACUCAAGCACCACCAAGCAGCACAGCAGCAGAAAGCCAUCCAGCCCCAGGUUGCACAGGGACAAGCAACUGUGCAGCAAAAGAUAAAUGCUCAACAGGUUACGGUCCAGACCCAACAGCAGACUUCACAGCAGCAAAAAGUAACUUAUGCUACACAGCCUGCCAUUAAAACACAGUUCCUAACAACUCCAAUUUCCCAAACCCAGAAACCAGGUGGAACCCAGCAAGUGCAGGCCCAGAUUCAGGUACAGGUUGCAAAACUCCCCCAAGUGGUCCAGCAACAGGCUACUGUUGCCAACAUUCAGCAGAUGGUUUCAGUUUCCCAACAGGUACAAGCUCAGCCCCAAACUGUGACCCUUUCUCAGACGACAGCGGGUCAACAGCAGGUUCAGGUGAUCCCUGCAACCACUGCUACUGCUCAGGUCGUGCAGCAGAAGCUGAUCCAGCAGCAGGUCGUGACCACAGCAUCUCCCCAGGUUCAGGCUCCGGGUGUACAGAACCCAGCCCAGACACCAGCAACACCUGAAGCCCAGAGUCAGCAAGCAAAAGUACAGAUGAGGACACCGACUGUCAGAUUAAAGGCACCUACCAAACCAAGUUGAACUGUUGCAAUAACAGGGAAAUACAGUAUUUUGCAUUUGCUGAGACAAGUGAGAAGCUACUCCAAACACCCAAAUGAAGACAGAACACCUCUAUUUUUUUUUAUUUUUUUUUUUUUGUAGCAGAAGGUUUCUUGCUGGUGAACAUUUAAACAUGGAAACUCACAUUAACUUGUGCAUUAGCAACUGUUUAGCACUCAAAUUCUGUACAAUAUGCAUUCUGCCUGUGUUCUCUGUGCUCAUUCAAACCAGAUAAAGCAAGCGUUACUUAGGUUGAAAUUCUGCCCAGCUUCUCAAAAGUGAAAUGGUGAUCUGCCAUAAUUGUCAGUAAAAUCCAUCUGUGUUGGAAUACCACACCUGUCUGUGGGAACGUGCAGCUCCUUGCUGUAGUUUUGUGUGUGCUCAGUACCCACGUUGAAGCCACACAAAGAACCAGCUGUGGUUGAUACAGCACAGUAUUUUCCAUCUGUACAAAAGCUCUGUGUUGUUCUUCCCUGUGGUAAAUGCCCCUGGAAGAUAGAACACAGACUUGAAGUGCUCCCUGCAAAGUUUAGCCAAUAAAUGUGAAAACCUGUAAGUAUAUGUAAUUAAAAAGGAAAAAAAAAAAAAAAGGGUUUCAUUCUCCAUUUUUGUAAGUCUUUUAAAAUGUUUGUUAGUAGUUUUUGUGUACAGUUUACUGAAUCACCCAACCUGUGUGCUCAUUCUCAUAUUUCACUUUAAAAUAAUGGAUAUUUUAGGCAUGAGCUGAGUAAAUACUGUGUUGAUAGUAGAUGUGUAUUAAAGUGUAGCCCAUUUUUUUUUUUUUUGUAAAAGAAUUGUUCAGUAGAUACAGCUACACAGAUGAUCCACGGCUGUUUCUCAUGGGACUUCUGUCACGAAAAAUCUCCAGCUGAUAAAAUCUAAUCUCUCUGUUUCAUUCUGCUCUUGCAACAUGUUUAAAUGUUCAGUACUUUUUACACGGCUUUCAGCUUGGGGGGUGGGGGGCCGGGGGAAGGGGAGAAUAGUGAAAUUAAAUCUAAGACUUAAUUCUUCAACUGUGUAAAGAGUAAGAUCUAACUUUUGUACUAUUCUUUUACUAAAGCUAACGAUGAAUGUAUCUUCAGGUGGGUAUUUUGGAUGUGAAUAGAGCAUGGCCUCUUCCUCCAAAUCAGUUUGCCUUAUUGUGGAGAAAAAAAAAAGCAAAAAGCUGCAUAGAACUGUGGGGGGGUUCUUUACUUUUCUUGCAUACAAUGAAUGACAGACUUUGCAAACAGCACUGAGGAAUCAAAAAGCCCAUGGUGGCUUGAAGGGAUUUAUUUUACUUUGGCCAUAAAACUGCACAAUGUGUAAAAUCCAGACAAAAUGACAACAUUCCUUUUCUGAGGUGGUUUUAAAAUUAUUUUUCCAUUCUGUGAUCUUUUUACUCUUUUAGGAAGGGAGCCUGUUUAAGGGCAAGGAAAGCAUAUAUUUUGUUUUUACCUCUGUAUGUCCACACUUGUUGGUACCUGGCAAUCCACAUGGCUUAAACAAGAAAGAAUUCUCAGCCAGCUCCUCUGUGUUAGUUGGGUUAGGUACAGCCAGUUCUGUUCAGAUCACAAAUGUAAACAUUGGCUCAGGCGGUGUUCCUGAUUUUUUUAUUUUAUACCUCUUUUGUCCUACCUUUUUUCUUGGACCCUCAGGUCUACAAAUACAAGGGCAUUUUGUUGUUUUUUUUUUUAAGCUGUUUUUGCAUGCAGUAGUAUUCCCAUGACCCUUCUGACCCCUGGCAUGUGCCAUCCCCUAAACUUCACAGCCAGCCAGGGAGCUGGCAUUGCUGACAGCGGAGUAGUUUAAAAUGUAAAGCAGAUGCAGUGGUAAUGGGUAGUGACACUGUGUACAGUAUAGCCUUACUCAUCCAAAAAUAUUGCUUAGUUAGCCCCAGUUUUACUUUUAAGUGUUUAGCUUUUAUGAUGUGCAUGAAAGUCAGGGUGGGGGGGAACAGUUCCAGCAGUGGGAGAGCUGCUGGCUACGUCGUUGUGCUGGUCUGAUUUGGUGUCUAAAGAGGCGAUUGUUUCUUGUUUAGGUCAGUUGAUGAAGAUAAAGUCACCAUCUUUUUUUUUUUUUGUUUGUUUCCUUCUAAUUAUUUUUUUUCUUCCUUUCGAUGUGUCUUUCUCCCAGGAGUGUGUUAGGAAGUCAACCUGUACAUAAGUGAUGAACAUUUGUACUCGACCCAGUAGGAUGAUAAGGAAUAGUGCUGUAUCCUAC